CUGGUUUUGAUUUACAGCACCACAAAAAAGCCACAUGCGUUUGCAUCGCGUGGAAAUAGUUUCUGGCACAAUUUGCUCCGGCAGCUGAUCUUAUUUGUUCUACGAAGGCGCACAAGAACAUGUCUUUCCGAGGAGGUGGUGGAAGAGGUGGCCGUGGGGGCGGAUUCAACCGUGGUGGAGGGGGAAGAGGAGGAUACGGUGGUGGUGGAGGAUAUAGUGGCGGUCGAGGUGGCGGCGGUGGUUUCCGAGGUGGUGGACGAGGAGGCUUCCAGGACUAUGGCCCUCCAGAAUAUGUUGUUGCACUAGGGGAGUUUAUGCACCCCUGUGAGGAUGAAAUUGUGUGCAAGUGUGUAACGGAGGAGAACAAAGUUCCCUACUUCAACGCGCCCGUGUACUUGGAAAACAAGGAGCAGAUCGGGAAGGUGGAUGAAAUCUUCGGUCAGCUACGUGACUUUUAUUUCUCUGUCAAACUCUCUGAUAAUAUGAAGGCAUCCUCGUUCAAAAAAUUACAAAAGUUCUACGUAGACCCAAUGAAACUCCUACCACUACAGAGGUUUCUUCCCAGACCCCCGGGUGAAAAGGGUCCCCCAAGGGGAGGCAGAGGAGGUAGAGGUGGAAGAGGAGGUCCCCGCGGAGGUGGAUUCCGUGGUGGCAGGGGUGGUGGUGACCGUGGCGGGUUUGGAAGAGGAGGCUUCGGUGGUGGGCGGGGAGGAGGAGGAUUCAGAGGAAGAGGAGGUGGAGGCGGACGAGGAUUUAGAGGUGGCAGAUGAUGACAAACACUGUAUGCCUCGUGGGAUCCUCACCAAGUGUCAAUCCCUACAGGAAGCAAAUCAGUGCGAUGCGAUGCUGGAGCUUGGCUCUGUUGGACUUGACAUGGAGAACGAACAUUGCAUCUUUUUAUACUGCUCAAUUAUCAAUUAGUUUUGUUUUUGUAUACCAAUCUAUGAUGUGUAAAUUAAUGGCUUUUUAUUUAAUGAACCUUGAAAGCACUCUGCUGUCACAGGGAAUAGUAUCAUUAAUAUCCAAGUUUUUGCAACUCUUCAACAUUGUUCACACUGGAUGGUUUUGGGGUACAUUUAGGAUGUGUCACUGUAUUAUACUGUUGAAUAUGAUUGAGAGCUUUCAUGUUGGAGUGCAAUGUUGAUAAGAGACAGAAAUUGAUAAUACCUGGAAUUUUAUAAAACAUAUAAGGCUUGGUUUUGAAAGUGGAAGAUAUGAUGGACAUUAGUAUUCAUUACAAUCAGUGGAAAAUAUUGUAUUUACCCCAGAAAUCCAAUGUGGUUACAGAGUACUGACACCUUUUGUAAAGAAAAGCCUUUGAUUAAACAGUGCUCUGUAGAAGUUUCUCCAGUCUUUAUUUGGACAUCUAACUUAAUGUCUUAUUUUUGCUCAUGCAAAAUAAACAAGUGUUCCAGAAUUGGAACAAUACCUUCAAAUUC